AUGGCCACUCAAGUCACCCCCUCGAAGCAGGCUGCUUCCUCCCUCGAGAACCUCAAGAUGAGCGACUCGCCCGUCAAGAAGCUCGACUUCGAGUCCAUCGGCAAGGAGAACGCGCCCGCGUCCACCAAGCCCGUCGACGCCUCCACCGAGAAGAUCACCGAGAAGCCCGUCGAGGCUCCCAAGGCUGCUCCCACUCCUCUGGAGCUUGAGGCUACCGAGCCUCUGCUGCAGGAGAACCCCAACCGCUUUGUUCUGUUCCCCAUCAAGUACCACGAGAUCUGGCAAAUGUACAAGAAGGCCGAGGCCUCCUUCUGGACCGCCGAAGAGAUCGAUCUCUCCAAGGAUCUGCACGACUGGCACAACCGCCUCAACGAUGACGAGCGCUACUUCAUCUCCCACGUCCUUGCUUUCUUCGCUGCCUCGGACGGAAUUGUCAAUGAGAACCUGGUAGAGCGUUUCAGCGCAGAGAUCCAAGCCACCGAGGCUCGCUGCUUCUACGGUUUCCAGAUCAUGAUGGAAAACAUUCACUCUGAGACCUACUCUCUUCUCAUCGACACCUACAUCAAGGAGCCUAAGCAGCGCACCUACCUCUUUGAUGCCAUCGAGACCAUUCCCUGCAUUAAGCGAAAGGCUGACUGGGCUAUCCGCUGGAUCCAGGACCGUAACUCUACCUUCGCCUCGCGCCUGGUUGCCUUUGCCGCCGUUGAGGGUAUCUUCUUCUCCGGCUCUUUUGCCUCGAUCUUCUGGUUGAAGAAGCGUGGUCUCAUGCCCGGUCUGACCUUCUCCAACGAGCUGAUCUCCCGUGACGAGGGUCUGCACACUGACUUCGCCUGUCUGCUGUUCUCCCACCUGAACCACCGCCCCAGCAAGCAGGUUGUUCAGGACAUCAUCGUCGAGGCUGUCGGCAUUGAGCAGGAGUUCUUGACUGACGCUCUUCCCUGCGCUCUGCUUGGCAUGAACGCCAAGCUGAUGUGCCAGUACAUUGAGUUCGUCGCUGACCGCCUCCUUGUGGCCCUGGGUAACCAGAAGUACUUCAACUCGGCCAACCCCUUCGACUUCAUGGAGUCUAUCUCCCUGGCUGGCAAGACCAACUUCUUCGAGAAGCGUGUUGGUGACUACCAGAAGGCUGGUGUCAUGGCCUCGACCAAGAAGGAGACCACCUCUGAUGGCGAGCAGUCCUCUGGCAACGAUGGUCUGAACUUCGACGAGGACUUCUAG